UGAAAAAAUAUCAUAAUGAGAUUGGAAUCCAGUCUAUAGUCCAGUCCACUCCAUGGCAACGCCACGAACACUCGCAUCUUCCAUUCUUCAUUCCCAUAUACUGUCAUGCUGCAUUCGCUUUCCCUCCACUUUCUGCAACUUCGCAUUUUUUCCUUCCAACAUUUCCGCUAAAUCUUCUCCGCGCCUCGCCGUCUUCGCUUCAUCCUCCGAUCACUACUCCUCUCAAAACCUCGCCGUCCUUCUCGAAGUCGACGAGGUUCUCAUGGAUUCGCACCGUGUCGGAAAGCGUCUCGCCUUCAAUAAAGCGUUCGAGAAGCUCGGGCUCGAUUGCGCGAACUGGAGUGAACCUGUCUAUUCCGAUCUUUCCAAGAGAAGUGCUGGAGAUGAGGAAAAAAUGGUAUUUCUGUAUUUUAAUCGGAUUGGGUGGCCUUCUUCGUUACCUACAAAUGAGAAGGGACUGUUUGCGAAAAGAGUUUUGCAGCAAAAGGAAAAGGCAUUAGAAGAGUUUGUGAUGUCAAAAAGUCUGCCUUUACGACCUGGCCUUGAUCAAUUUAUUGACGAUGCCUAUAAUGAAGGAAUUCCAGUGGUAAUAUUAACAGCCUACAGUAAAAGUGGUGAUAAUGUUUCCGGGACCAUAAUGGAAAAGCUUGGCAACGAUCGAAGUAUAAAGGUCAUUAUUGUAGGGAAUAAAGAGGUUGAGCAAAGUUUAUAUGGACAACUAGUCUCAGGAAAGGUAAUUGCUUCUGAUUUGGAUGAUGAGCUUGCCAAGGAAGCCAAAAGAGCUGUUUCUGCUGAGAGACAAAGGUUAGCAAAGGAGGUAGCAUCCAUGCUAAAAUUGAGCGUUGAGAUUGAUACCAGCUCAUCUGAAAGGCUAGCUAAGAUUGUGGCUGCACUACGUGCGGGAGCUGAAUAUGCAGGGUUACCUGUCUGCAACUGUGUCCUUGUUGCAGGAAGCCAAUAUGGCGUAGCUGGAGCUACACAGGUGGCCAUGCCAUGUGUCGUUUUACGAAGCAGUUUGACAUCUAGAGCCGAAUUUCCUUUGGCAAACGCUACAAUGGAUGGAUUUGGAGGUGCUGAUCUAACAAUUUCUAAAUUACGUAAUCUAUGCCGGAAGAACAACCAAAGGACUGAAUGAGUUCUAUAUAAAGUUACAGUUACCAAAAAAAUAGCAAUAAACACAAAAUAAUCACGCUCUGGAUUUGAAGCUUUUUGUUGGCAAGCAAAGGGACUUUUAAGAUAGCAGCGUAUGGAAAGACUAUUCUUGGUAGUGAUGGCUGAGGAGAAGCUCUAACUGCAGUUACUGGGUAAUAUAAUUGUAAUUCGUUUACUGUAGUAUUUAUAUCUGAAUGGAAGUGUAGAUAAAGAUGAUAAUGUUUUUCUUUUCUUGAAAGAAGCACCUUGGUGAGUUAGAAAUGCCCCGUGCGGUGGGACUGUGUUAGUGGUCGAGUCGUUUUUGGUAAUUCAUAGUAUAUGUUUGGUUACAUGUCUCAAAGGAUUGGAUCUACAUCGAAAUGAAUCAGUGACUUGUACGUUUUCUUUAAA